CCCUGUGAAUGAGGGUAAAUGUUUAUGGUGCAGAUUUUUUUGUUUCUGGUUUCUCAAAUUAUUUCGUAGUUAAGAUAAAAACAGCGAUCUUAUUUCCUACAUUAUAUGGAUCUAGAUUCUGACAAAUUUCUGAGACGGGCUUACAAAAGAAUUAAUGAAGCUAAAGCUAGAGCUAGGCCCGAAUUGAAUGACAAAGAUGGAAAUGGAUGGUCAAAACUAAAUUAUGCUGGCACUUUUGAGCUUAAUUUAAAGUCUGUUAAGGAUAAUGUGGAACGCAUCAAUGUGAAAGAUGUACCUCCAGAUGUUUUCAUCGAAAAGUAUGAAAAAUUAUACAAACCAGUUGUAAUUACUGGAUGCACGGAUCAUUGGAAAGCUCGUUAUAAAUGGACUUUACAGAGACUUGCUCGCAAAUAUCGGAACCAAAAAUUCAAAUGUGGUGAAGAUAAUGAAGGAUAUAGUGUAAAGCUAAAAAUGAAAUAUUUUGUGUAUUAUAUGCAGCACAAUAAAGAUGAUAGCCCUUUAUACAUAUUUGAUAGUAGUUUUGGAGAACAUCCUAGGAGAAAAAAGUUGCUGGAUGACUAUGACAUACCUAUCUAUUUCCAAGAUGAUCUUUUCAAAUAUGCUGGAGAAGAAAGGCGACCUCCUUACAGAUGGUUUGUAAUGGGAUCUGCCAGAUCUGGGACUGGCAUACACAUUGACCCACUGGGAACAAGUGCAUGGAAUGCUCUAAUUGAAGGACAUAAAAGAUGGUGCCUUUUUCCCACACAUACGCCAAAGGAGAUGAUUAAAGUUCGUCCAGAAGAAGGAGGUAAACAAGGUGAUGAAGCAAUAACAUGGUUCCGAUAUAUAUACCCACGCACACAAAGGUCCAGUUGGCCUAUUGAAUGUAAACCUCUUGAAAUUUUACAAAAACCUGGUGAAACAGUAUUUGUGCCUGGUGGUUGGUGGCAUGUUGUUUUAAACAUGGAUACAACUAUUGCUGUUACACAGAACUUUUGUAGCCUCACAAAUUUUCCAAUAGUUUGGCACAAGACUGUUCGAGGGAGACCAAAGCUUUCUAGAAAAUGGUAUAGGAUUUUAAGAGAAAAAAGGCCUGAAUUGGUAGCUAUUGCUGAUCGUAUUGAUGUGAAUUCUAAAACAGGAGUUGCAUCUGACAGUUCAAGUGGAUCUAGUUCCUCCUCAUCGUCAUAUGAAUCAUCUUGCUGUUCAAGUUCUGAAAGUGAUGACUCGGGGAAAGAAAGCAUUAGUGAUCGUAAGAGAAAAAGGAGAUAUUCUAGUCAUGAAAAUGAACGAGAAAGCCAACGCUAUCGCAGGUAACAGUCAACAUAAAUUAGUGGAAACAAUUUAGUCACAAUUUUUUGGAUCAACAAUUUUAAACCACCAAAGUGUACUGGAGAAACUGCAAGUGCUUUGUGAGCAUGUGCCUAAAUGUGCUAUUUCCAAAGUGAAUUAAUUUAAAUAAAAAUGACUGCAUUUUAGUAUUGACUGCAGUAAAUUAUUUUAUGUAAAAAAUAUUUAUCAUUUGUAUUGACUUUAAAGGCAUUUUAUAUCUGGAGUAAUAUUGUAACCAUUAUCAUGUUAAUCCAGGGAGCCUAUGAAAUAGUGCAUGGUACGUGUUGCAUGUUAUAUAAUAUGUAGAUGAUGUUUGCAAAUACUUUUCAUGUGAUUUUAAUGUUCAUGAUUUUAAUUUGGGAUGUUAAUGAAAAUUUAAUUUAUGAACUCAUAUUUCUUAGCUCUAUUUUAGAUUUUUUAAGACAUUUUCCAUUAUGACAAAAAUAAGCGUGCCAAUGUUUGUUAUGGAUUAACAUUGACUACAUUAAUUCUGUACAGGUUACUUUCUAUGAACACUUUUGUACACUGUUGUUAAACUUGUUUGCAGUGAAAAAUAAAGCAUGAUUUUUCAUAA